UGAAAUCUGUGUCGCAAUAUUUUUGUUGGACUUCGUACUGUCGUCGAAGUCAAUUUUAUUAUUUAUUAAUUUAUUAAUUUUAAGAUAUUUUUAAGUAAUAUUAAAGAUGUCUCGCGUCUUAGUUGGUGUCAAAAGAGUUAUUGACUAUGCAGUUAAGAUUCGUGUGAAACCAGACAAAACUGGAGUAGUAACAGAUGGGGUGAAGCACUCCAUGAAUCCAUUUGAUGAAAUAGCUGUGGAGGAGGCUGUAAGAAUGAAGGAGAAGAAGCUAGCGAGUGAAGUCAUUGCUGUUUCUUGUGGCCCUGCACAAGCUCAAGAAACCCUGCGAACUGCCCUUGCCAUGGGAGCAGACAGGGCUAUUCAUGUGGAAGUGGCUGGUGCUGAGUAUGAGACCAUGCAGCCUCUACAUGUCGCCAAAAUAUUAGCCAAGCUCUCCCAAGAUGAGAAGGCAGACAUCGUUAUUGUUGGAAAACAGGCCAUUGAUGAUGACUCCAACCAAACUGCACAAAUGAUAGCUGCACUCUUGGACUGGCCUCAAGGCACUUUUGCCUCUAAGGUAGAAAAAUCAGAUGCUGGUUUAACUAUAACCCGCGAGAUUGACGGUGGUUUAGAGGUGAUUAAAACGAAACUACCUGCUGUGAUCAGCGCAGAUCUUAGGCUAAAUGAACCUAGAUACGCUACUCUACCAAAUAUUAUGAAAGCAAAGAAGAAGCCAAUGAAGAAAGUCAGCGCAAAGGACCUUGGUGUCGACCUGUCCCCUAGGAUAAAAGUAGUCAGCGUUGUAGAUCCACCAGUGAGGCAAGCCGGCUCUGUCGUCCCAGAUGUAGACACACUGGUCGCUAAACUGAAGGAAGGGGGCCAUGUUUAAAAAAACUCACAUCAUAGUUUACCACUUUAAUCUUUGUAUAGUUUAUGUAUCGUUGUUUUUGAUACACGGAUUUUAAGAAUCAUUGUAGAUUUAUCGUAUGUCUGUUAAAUACAUUUUAUCGUCUUUAUAA